UCCUGCGCCGGGAAGGAGGGAGAGCCCUGUAGGACUUCCUUGCGACCCAGAUUCUCAGCGCUUUCCCCCGCCAGAGAGGAGGUCGCCUUCUGCAGCGCUUCAGUUCCUGACGGCGAAUAGCAGGAAGCUGGUUCUCGGCUACAGGGCUUUCCACGGCGAAGGCAAUUUUCCUGCAAGAAGGUGUUCGAGAUACUGACAAGAUGGUGAAGAAAGCGUGCCCAUUGGCCCCGCAGCGCCUCUCGAACUUCUCCCUGAAGAAGGAGGUGGUGGACACCCUCCAGACUCAGACGAAGGAGGCCGGCGUGUGCUCGGGCAGCGUGUGCGGCGGGUCGCUCAUGAAUAUCCGGAGGAUGAGCCUGGCGCCGCGGUCGCCGGCCCUUGUCCUCGCCCACGCCAAGGGCUUCCUCGACCAGUACUACCGGGAUAUCCAAGGGUACGACAGCGCGGAACACAAAGCCCGCUGGCAGGAAGUCUCGCGCAGCGUCGCCAGACGCGGCACGUAUGACCUGACUUUCGACGAGCUGGUCUUCGGCGCCAAGCUGGCCUGGAGGAACGCCCCCCGAUGCAUCGGCCGCAUGCAGUGGAAGAGGCUGCAGGUGUUCGAUGCUCGCCACAUCACGACAGCGAAAGAAAUGUUUGAAGCGAUCUGCAAGCACGUCGAAUACGCGACCGACGGGGGCAAUCUCAGGUCGACGCUGACGGUGUUUCCUCAGCGCAUGUCAGGCCGCCGCGACUUCCGCGUGUGGAAUCCGCAGUUGAUCGCCUACGCCGGCUACCGCGCCGACGACGGGACCGUGACGGGCGACCCCGCGUGGGCCGAGUUCACGCAGGUGUGCCAGGAGCUGGGCUGGCGGGGCGGAGGCGGGCGGUUCGACGUGCUCCCGCUGGUCGUGUCGACGCCCACCGAGGAGCCCCAGUGGUUCGACAUCCCCGACGACCUCGUCCUGCGGGUCGCCCUCGAACACCCCAAGUACGACUGGUUCCGAGAGCUGGGGCUGGAGUGGUUCGCGCUGCCGGCCGUGUCGGGCAUGAUGCUGGACUGCGGCGGCAUCGAGUUCACCGCCGCGCCCUUCAACGGCUGGUACCUGUCGUCCGAGAUCGCCAGCAGGGACCUCUGCGACGCCCAGCGCUACAACAUCAUCAAGGAAGUGGGAGACAAACUCGGGCUGGACACGCGCACUCCCGUCACGCUGUGGAAGGACCAGGCUGCGCUUGAGGUCAACAUUGCUGUGUUGCAUUCGUACCAGCAAGCGAAGGUGACGCUGGUCGACCACCACACCGUGUCCGAGUCCUUCAUGCAGUUCUUCGCCAACGAGCACCGGGAGCGAGGCGGGUGUCCUGCCGACUGGGUGUGGAUCGUGCCGCCCAUCUCGGGCUCCCUCACGCCCGUCUUCCACCAGGAGAUGUCCUUGUACUACCUGAAACCCGCCUACGAGUACCAGGAGCUGGCCUGGGUAGCCUUCGCCAAGCAAAACCGGAUGCUGAGUGGCGAAGACGGAGGCCUCGGCGGGGGCAGGCAGCGGCUGUCCUUCAGGAUGAUCGCCUUGGCAGCGUGGUUCAGCAGCAUCCUGUACACGCGGGCGCUGAGCAGGAGAGUCCGCGCGACCAUCCUCUACGCUACGGAAACAGGGAAGUCACAGACGUUUGCGCACGAACUCGCAGAUGUGUUCAGGAGUAACUUCAGCGUUCAGGUCCGCAACAUGAAGGAGUACGAGGCGAGCGCCCUCAAGGACGAGCGCUUCGUGUUGCUGGUGGCCCCGACGGCGGGGAACGGCGACCCUCCACUCCAGGCUCAGGAUUUCGUGAAGGAGUUGUACGAAGACAUGAUGCCGGCGGCGGAGCAGCAGAAGUGGACCUUCCGUGAGCACUACAACGAAUUUAGGAUGAAUGAACUCGCAAACGACCCGCAAGAGCAGCAGCAGAAGCAGGUCUCGCGGGCGAUGGAGAAGCGGCAGCAGGAGCGGAAGCGGGGAGUCCUAAGUAGCUGGAUCAGUCGCCUCACGCUCAGGAAGUCCUCGCAGGACCUUGAAGGACACUCCAACGGAGUUCACGUGACAGAUGGGAAAGACAGAACCAUCUACUUCGCCGUGUUCGCCCUGGGCGCCAGCAACUACAAGUACUUCUGCGCCUUCGGGAGGUACAUGGACCACCUGCUGGGGCUGGUGGGCGGGAUACGGAUUCUGAAGGUGUCGUGCGGCGACGACCUCGACGACCAGAGGAAGGCCUUCAACAGGUGGUCGUCUGGCGUGCUCAAGGCAGCGAGUGAGGUGUUCCAUAUAGACGGUGACGUGGUGCAGGUGGAGGAAGAGGUCACUAGGCCAGACCAGGUCAAGUUUUCUCCGGCAGUGCAGGCUGACUCCCUUGUAGAAGGAUUAACACGAGCUCACAAGAGAGAAGUUUAUCAGUGUGUUGUAGCGGAGAUGAAGACGCUUUACCAAAGGCCAUUGAGGUGGGUAGGGCACAUGGUCCUGAAGCCGCCGCAGGGGCACGCGCAGUACGAUCCCGGGGACCACAUCGGGGUGCUGGCGUCCAACCCGCGCGAGAUGGUCGCGUCCGUCCUGCGGCGCAUGCGCAACAGUCCCGCCGCCGACGCGCCCGUGCGCCUCCUACUCCGCCGGCAGACCGGCACGUGGGUUCCUCACCCGCAGCUGCCGGCGACGACGCUGCAGGAGCUCCUGGCGAGGCACGUGGAUCUCUCUGCGCCGCCGUCGCAGGGCCUGAUGUUCCUGCUCGCCUCCUGCGCCGCCAACAACCAGCAGGCAGCCCGGCUGUCCGCGCUGGCCACGGACACCCAGGAAUACCAGAAGUGGCGCGCUGCGCACUGCCCGAGCCUGCCUGACGUCCUAACAGAGUUCCCGAGCAUUUCCGUGGACGCCGCCCUCCUGCUGGCCCGCCUGCCGCCGCUGCGCCCGCGCCUCUACUCCAUCAGCUCCGACCGCAGCAUCCAUGGCGACCGCGUCCACCUCACUGUCGGCAGCAUCGAGUUCAGGGCGGAGGGCGGCAAAGGACCUGUCCGCCUGGGCCUCGCUUCCGGCUUCCUGAAGGGACUCAAGGCUGGAGACACGCUGGAGGUGUUUAGCAAUAAGGCGCCGAACUUCCAGCUGCCGAAGGAUCCGAGUCUGCCCAUCAUCCUAGUAGCGACCGGCGUCGGCAUCGCCCCCUUCAGGAGCUACUGGCACCACCUCAACCACAGACUGAAGACGACCGGUGAAAAGCGGAAGGUGACGCUGUACUUCGGCUGCAGGAGCCACAAGGAGGACCUGUACUACGAGGAGAAGGCGUCCAUGCUGCGCUCGGGCGCGCUCACGCACACGCACCUCGCACUUUCCAGGGAGCCGCGCCUCCCCAAGACGUACGUACAAGACCUCUUAUUAGUGGACGGGCGUGAAGUGUACAGACAGUUGGUGGUGGAAGGCGGAUAUAUAUACAUGUGCGGCAACGACAUGGUGUCUGAGGGAGUCCACAAGGCGCUUAGGGCAAUCCUUCAGGAUCACGGCAACCUGACGGAGGGCGAGGCAGAUGACCUCAUAGCCAGACUCAAGGAGGAGAGGCGAUACAGAGAAGAAUAUUGCUCCACUCUCUGAGGUUCUUCAAGG